UUUUUUCUCUCAUAGACUAAGGUAGAGCAGAAACAGAAACUCCUUCAGCUACCAUAUUGAUAGAUUUGGCCAUUAUCAUAGUACUAUACAAGCCCUCAGAAAGUCAAUAUGAUUCAUUCCCAUAUUGUUCCAAAAGUACUUACUCAACCGUUUAUGGCAUUUCUGCUUUAUGUUUUCCUCCCCCUCCUCUGCAAUCUGGCCUAUGCCGACCCUCCUUAUAAAAUUUGUUCAAACACCAGUAACUAUGCAGGUAAUAUGACAUUAUUUCAGGACAAUCUCCAAGAUGUCCUCUAUGCUUUAUCCUCGAAUGCUUCUGUUUCCAAAUUCUAUAAUACCUCCAAGGGAAAUUACCCAGAUGAAGUUUAUAGUCUUUACAUGUGCCUUGACUAUGUUACAAGUGAAAUCUGCCUGAAAUGCAUAACAACCGCUACACAAGACAUUUUGAACCUCUGUCCAAACACAACAGAAACAGUUGUCUGGGAGGAGGUAUGCCAGUUGCGCUUCUCCAACAAAAAUUUCUUUGGCCAAUUGAAUGUCACAGGAAACGUUCUUAACCUGGACAACAAGCAGAACAUUUCGGAACCAGAACAGUUCAAAUCUGUUGUAAAGGAGACGUUGACUAGUCUUACUAAGAGGGCAGCUUUCAAUCUUUCAGCUAACUUGUAUGCUACUGGGGAAGUACCCUUUCAAGAUAAGACAAUAUAUGCUCUAGUGCAGUGCACCAGAGACUUAUCCGCUGAUCGGUGUAAUUCAUGCCUUCAGAGCGCCAUAACAGAUGUUUUAACUUGCUGCUAUUUCUCUGUUGGUGCAAGACUUCCUAGUCGUAGUUGCUACUUGAGGUAUGAGCUAUAUAACUUUUAUAACGCAUCUGAAGCUCCCAGUUCAACUAAUGCGAAAGGGGAAAGCAGUGGAGGGAAAACAUGGAUAAUGGUAAUUCUUGCAGUUGUAUCAGCAUGCUUGGCGAUUGUACUACUGGGUUCAUUUAUCUUUUGCCUUGUGACGAGGAAAAAGGCUAAAAAAUGGAAGAGAGAAAUUGUUAGUCAACAAGAACCCCCCCGUAUUGAUUUGGCAUCUAUACUAGCAGCUACCAACAACUUCUCUGAUUCAAAUAAGCUUGGGCAAGGUGGUUUUGGCCCAGUUUUCAAGGGUAUGCUCAAUGAUGGAAAGGAAGUAGCAGUUAAGAGGCUCUCUUACUGUUCGGAGCAGGGUUCAGAGGAAUUCACAAAUGAGGUUCUACUCAUAAUGAAGCUUCGACACAAAAAUCUAGUCAGGCUACUGGGGUUUUGCACCGAACGAGAAGAAAAGCUGCUUGUUUAUGAAUUCAUGCCCAACAGCAGUCUGGAUGUCUUUCUCUUUGAUCCAAGGAAACGUGCACAACUCAAUUGGACCAGACGACUUAAUAUAAUAAGUGGAAUUGCACGGGGAAUUCUUUAUCUUCACGAGGAUUCUCAACUUAGAAUCAUUCAUAGAGACUUAAAAGCUAGCAAUGUAUUGCUAGACUAUGACAUGAAUCCUAAGAUCUCAGACUUUGGAAUGGCAAGGAUCUUUACAGGAAGCGAAGGUGAAGCAAAUACUGCUAAAAUAGUUGGAACAUAUGGAUACAUGGCCCCAGAGUAUGCAAUGGAAGGAUUAUAUUCCAUUAAGUCUGAUGUUUUUGGCUUUGGAGUACUCGUGCUUGAGAUCAUGACCGGGAAGAGAAAUACCGGCUUCCAUCGGUCAAACCGUGCUCCAAGCCUCCAAGCAUAUGCAUGGCAAUUAUGGCAUGAAGGGAAGGCACUGGAGUUGAUGGAUCCUUUAUUGAUUGACUCAUGCGAUCCAGAUGAAUUUCUAAGAUACAUUCAUAUUGGAUUGUUGUGUGUUCAAGAAAAUGCAAAUGACAGACCUACCAUGUCAUCUGCGGUAGUGAUGUUGAAAAACGAAACGGUAACUCUUUCUCAACCUCAACGAGUUGCUUUUUCUGUGGGGAGAUUCACUGAUCACUAUGAAACAGGUUCUCAUGACUCUGUCAACGGCUUAUCAAUUUCUGAUAUUGGGCCUCGAUGAUGCAUGGAAUGUACCCAUAAGCGGAUUUGAAACUUCAGCGAUGCCUUAUUUUCUUUUGUGUGCAGUACAACAUUAGAUUAUUGAAGUUUGUAUUUGCUUGUUUUUGACCUCUAUAAUAUAUUUGAUUUGCACAUAUAUAUGUAAUA